GAAUGGGUAAUAGCCACAGCUAUUCGUAUCUCUUUAGACAAAAUAAAUACUUUUGGAGAUGAAAUCUUCGAAGAUUCAUUAGUUCUCAAAUCUUAUUACUUCGCCAUCAGUGAUUUUUCAGUAGGAGCCAGAUGUCGAUGUUAUGGACAUGCUAGUGAUUGCGUCUAUACUCCAGACGAAGAAACUGGAAUAAUGAGACUCGUCUGUCGAUGUGAGCACCGUACUAUGGGAGACGAUUGUGAUCAAUGUUUACCCUUGUUUAACCAAAGACUGUGGGCACCUGCCACCCCCACAGAAGCUAAUGAAUGCAUAGGUAAACCAAUUAUUCAUUGAUAUAUUGCUUAUAUUUCCAGCAUGUUC